AUGAGAAGCUUCCGCGAACUCCUCCAGCAGGUGGAGGAAUGUCAUGAUGCUGAGGUUGCAAGGCUCCGCGACUAUUGCGCAGAGCUGGAACAGCAUAUGGACGCCAAUCCUUCCACCCGGCGUCGUCGUGGUCAGGAAGCCCAGGGUACCUCUUUGCUGGGGAGUAUGGUCCGAUGUCCGUGCUGGACCCCGGUGCCCAUUCCGCUGCCUCCGCCGAGCCUCCGAAUGGACAGGGGCAAUGCCCAAGGCACUUCGCCACCGUUCCGGGAGGAGCCCAAGGAGGCAGUUCAUGCAGAAACAUCGGCGCCGCCACAAGCGGAGUUACUGGAGCCCGUGCCUUUCCAAUGCACGUUCGGCGAAGAAGUGCAGCAGCUAGGUUUUCGCAUCAACUGGUCCGGAGAAAGGCCAUCCAUUGAGUCCAUCCAGGAGGGCGCCGCUUACCAAAGUGGCAUUCGUGAGAUGGACACAAUACUGGCCAUAAACGGAACUGACACUCAGCAUCAGACGAGAGAUGAUUUGCUGCCGCUUUUGCGGGAGCGACCACUGCAGCUAAGCAUGACGAGAUCGAGCAACACGCAGGACGACAAUAUUCCCAGCCCCGCCUCAAGCAGCCGCGACGUGGCUGAUGUCACAAUUGCCGUUCCUCAAGCGGUGCGAGGAAAAUAUCAAUUUGAUCAAGGUAACAGAACGGCAUCCUUCGGAAUGAUGGCCGACAGCUACGAAUUGCAGGAGAUGGUGAAAGAAUUCUCAACUGGUGGUUCCCGGCGAGAAUCCGUGACCGGAGCGAAAAUUGGGUUGAAAAAAUACGUCGAGGAGGAAGACGUCAAGGAAACCAUGGUGUCGAAGACUGUGCGUUUGUUCACAGGCCCGGACAUCAGCAAAGUUCCAGACGCAGACGACGGUUUGCUUAGCAAGGCACGCCGCCUCGCCACUGACUUUGCAGGAUGGUGGGAUUCGUUGAAGGAGCCAGACCGCGAUAGUGCUACACACAGAGCACUGGAAUCCAGAUGGUUCCGUGUGACGUCUGCAAUGGUUAUUGUCAUCAACGCAAUCGUCGUGACCUGGUUGACCGACUGGAGCCUUCAACACAGUGGUCGAAAUAUGCCUCCGGGUUUCGAAGUUGUCGACCUGGCAUUCUUGCUUUUCUACGCGGCGGAGAUCGGGAUGAAGUUUUAUGUGCACAGAGGAUAUUUCUUCGCCAACGAAAAUGCAGCUUGGAACAUCUUCGACCUGAUAUUGGUGAUUUUUUCUUCCUUUGAUGUCGCUGCCAAUUGGCCCUCGAGCUCCGAUGACGAAGCCCCUCCGAACAACUUGGGCUACAUGCGUGUUUUUCGCAUGUUCAAAUUCGCAAAGAUUCUCCGAACGAUCCGAAUCAUCGCCUUCGUGCGAGAGCUUUCGAUGAUGCUGGAGAGCUUCCGACAGUGCGUCAUUGCUAUGUUUUGGGGACUGGUGCUGCUGCUGUUCCUCCUGUACGUGUUCGCAUUGGUGUUUGCACAGGGCGUCGCGAGUGUGUCGGCCCAUGAAGGUGGAGUUUUACGCGAGGAUGUGAUGUCUACCUUUGGCUCUGUGGGGGAUUCCAUGCUUUCCUUGUACAUGGCGGUGACAGGAGGGAACGACUGGUCCGUCUACUACGAGGCCACCAUCGCGAUGGGCUCCUUCUAUCCUGUGGUGUUCCUCUCUUACACCUUCUUCUUCAUCUUCGCCCUGUUCAACAUCCUCACGGGCGUUUUCGUGGAGCGCGCGGUCGCCGCGGCCCUGCCGGACCGAGAAGAGCUGAUCGCACAGGAACGGAAGAAGAUCCUGAAGCAAGUGGAGGACUUGCGCGCACUCUUCAAGGCUUUGGAUUCGGAUCGCUCCGGGAAAAUCUCCAAAGCAGAGUUCUUGGCGGACAUGGAGGAUGACAGGAUUGUGUCCUACAUGCACACACUGGGUCUGGACAUGCAUGAUGCCGAGCAUUUCUUCGACCUGCUGGCGAGUGACAGGAACCAGCAGGAAGUUGACAUUGACACCUUCAUCGAGCACUGCAUGAGUAUGAAAGGAACGGCUACCGCCAUGGAUCUGCACAAGCAGCUGGUCCAGGUGAACAAAGUCCUCGACAAGCUGACGGCCUGGGAGCUCUCCAACUGGCCUGCGCUCUUUGCGACAUUGCAGGAGCAAGGAGAGCCGAGGAGGUGA